AGAAUGGCAUGUUGUACUUUAAAUGCCCCUUUGCCAAAAUAAGAGGCACAGGACAACAGCUGUCUGGAGACGAUCUCAAGCCAGUCAGGACCCAUUUUAAAUAUAGAAACCCCUAAAAAUAGCCGCUCGCGCUCCAGACUCAACAGGUGAUUGGCCCAGAGAGGGGAGGGGACCCCAGGCCACGGUAAAGGGAGCCAGGACAGCGCUGGUUCCCGGCUCUCCGCACCGCCAUGGGUCUGCCUCUGAGGCCCCUGACCCGGGGCUUGGCCAGCGCUGCCAAAGGAGGCCACGGAGGGGCAGGAGCUCGCACCUGGCGCCUGCUGAGCUUCGUGCUGGCGCUGCCCAGCGUGGCCCUCUGCACCUUCAACUCCUAUCUCCACUCAGGCCACCGCCCGCGCCCCGAGUUCCGUCCCUACCAGCACCUCCGCAUCCGCACCAAGGUACGCGGGACGGGCGCGCGGGCGGCCCGGGGGUGCUGCGGAGUGCGUGGGGAGCGUGGGGAGCGUGGGGCGCGUGGCGGGGGAGGCGCGGACUCCGGACCCACGGCGCCCACGCGCGCUCCCUCUGCUCUCUCCACAGCCCUUCCCCUGGGGGGACGGUAACCACACUCUGUUCCACAACGGCCAC